GCGUGCGUAAAGCUCCUGGACACCAUGAGGACACCGCACACUUUCCCAUUCUGGUGCACUUCUGUAAAGAGCGAAGCUGAAAGGAACCAGAGCUCAGAUUACCUUUGAUUUAAAUAGCAAAGCGGAAAAAAUACAAUUAAAUCAUUUUGGCUGCAUUUUAAAUUUUUAUGUAGGCAAUAUUCCGUUUCUUAGUCGCGCGUCUUUUUUCGUACCAUCUUGUACUGAUGCCUUGCGCCAGAGUUGCCGUAUAACGACCCCGGUUCAUGUAUGAAGAGUAAACAAUGUGCAAAGCACAUAAAGGAUAUAGUGGGAGCUAAAUGUGGACACUGGAUUUAAUUGCCUGAAACACAAGGAUUCAGUCAAACUUAUGGCGUGAAGGGCCCCUUCUUGGCCUCCAUCCCUCACAGCUAAUGGAUGUCUUUACCCAGUAUGCCUACAAUGACAGUUUCUACGAUAAUGGAACAUGGACCCUCAACAAAACAGAACAAGAGCAGAGGCACACUUACAACUACUACGCCAUGCUUCUUACUCUGCUCAUCUUUGUCAUCGUCUUUGGCAAUGUGCUGGUGUGCAUGGCUGUGUCCAGGGAAAAGGCUUUGCAGACCACCACCAACUACUUGAUUGUCAGCUUGGCUGUCGCUGACCUUUUAGUUGCCACACUGGUUAUGCCCUGGGUCGUCUACUUAGAGGUUGUGGGAGAGUGGCGUUUCAGCAAGAUCCACUGUGACAUUUUUGUCACUCUCGAUGUGAUGAUGUGUACAGCCAGCAUCCUUAAUCUUUGUGCCAUCAGUAUUGACCGAUACACAGCAGUCGCGAUGCCAAUGCUGUACAACACGCGCUACAGUUCCAAGAGAAGAGUCACAGUCAUGAUCUCUGUGGUGUGGGUCCUGUCUUUUGCCAUAUCCUGCCCCCUGUUGUUUGGCCUUAAUAACACAGCUACUCGUGAUGAGUCCCUCUGUGUGAUCGCCAAUCCAGCCUUUGUGGUAUACUCCUCCAUUGUGUCCUUCUACGUGCCCUUCAUCAUUACCCUGCUGGUUUAUGUGCAGAUUUAUGUGGUCCUGAGGAAGCGACGGAAGCGCGUAAACACAAAACCAAAGCAGCAUGUCCGUCAGGCUGCUGACACUGACUUGGUCACUUCACUGAAGGAUAAGUGUACUCAUCCAGAGGAUGUGAAGUUGUGCACCAUGAUUGUAAAAUCUAAUGGGAAUUUUCCUGUCAACAAGAAGAAAGUGAUUUUCAUCAAAGAAGUGGCCAAUGAAGGGGAAGAUCUGGAGCUGGAUGAGCUGAACAACAGUGGCAGCAGCCAGAAGCAAAGGCAACAGAUGCAGAGUGCUCUUGGAGACACUCCGGCCACCAGCCACCAGCAGCUGAUGCCUAACAAGGCCAACGCCAGCCCCACUUCCACACCUCCUACACCCCCUGAGGAGGGCCAGAAAGCUGAAAGGAAUGGAGAUCCCAAGGAGAGCCUGGCUAAUCCAGCACCCGCCGUAGCUAGAGCCUUUCAGACACAGGCCUUACCUAAUGGCAAGACUCAGACUUCAGUGAAAUCCCUGAGCAAGAGAAAGAUCUCUCAGCAGAAGGAGAAGAAAGCGACUCAGAUGUUAGCCAUUGUCCUUGGUGUGUUCAUCAUAUGUUGGCUGCCAUUUUUCAUCACACAUAUCUUGAACACCCAUUGCACCAAAUGCAAGGUUCCUGCCGAGAUGUAUAACGCCUUCACUUGGCUGGGCUACGUGAAUAGUGCUAUAAAUCCCAUCAUAUACACCACUUUUAACAUCGAGUUCAGGAAAGCUUUCAUUAAGAUCUUGCACUGCUAAGCGGACAGCUCCCUCGCUGAUCAGACUGAGGGAGAAGUGAGGAAUAAAGGGUUGGGCCGUCUUCGGCAAAUACCUCAUCCUGUUAAGGAAAAAUGCACCACAUGGGGAAACUGCAAUCUGCUUCUCGGAGCUACGGAGUAAAGUGACUGAAAAACUGACAUUGUCUUCUUUAAAAGGCAUGUUGGCUCUGUAUGUGAUUUGUUGUGGAUUACUAUUAUCCAAAUCAUUGAAUGUAAAACAAGAAAAGUCUGUACCAGUGGAGAGGGAAAAAAAACAGUAAUAACAUUGUUCUCUAAAAUCAUUGUGCUUGUUACAUAAAGUACCAUCUGUGAAUACCACACACGGAAGCUGCAAACUGCUAUUUAUUGUGUGUGUGUUUUAUGUUUUGAUGAUUCAGAAAAUGUUAAAGAUACAGUGUUCGAUGCAGUGUUAAAACUGAAGCGUCAGCUCUUAUUCUUGAAAUCUAUCUAUCAAUGAUCGGAAUGUCUGUCAAAGAAAGGAUUUAAUUGUUGUACAAUGUGGCAAUGCCAAUAUCUGCAUUUUUCAGUUUUAUAAAUGAUUAAAUCUACAUCAAUAUUAUUCUAAUUGCUAUUAUCAUUAUUUGUUGUACUGUACAUAGGUUUUCUUGACAUAUUAACUGUGAUUAUAUGCUUGCAAUGGAA